AUGGCGAGCUACGAGAACGCUAGUUACGACACCUGUCCCAGAGUCGGCCCAGGGUGUCCGGUUGAGGCAACAACAUACGGAUAUUAUCCCAAUUUCGCCGGAAAUGUGUUCUUCGCGGUUUGCUUCGGCUUGCUUGGUGUGCUACAGCUCGGUGUCGGAGUAUACUACCGAUCAUGGACGAUAAUGAUUGCGCUGGCAUCCGGGGCGUUGAUGGAAUUGGCGGGCUAUAUAGGUCGCGUAUUAAUGAACGACAAUCCAUGGAAUGGUGACGCCUUCAAGUUGCAAAUCGUCUGUCUCGUUCUUGCCCCGACUUUCAUCGCCGCCGGUAUUUACCUCACCUUGAAGCACAUCAUCCUCACUCUCGGCCCCGAACACUCUCGCCUAAAACCCAAGCUCUUCACAUGGAUCUUCAUCAGCUGCGACGUGGGUUCGCUGGUCCUUCAGGCGGCCGGAGGCGGUGUCGCGGCUGCUGCAGGGAAUGACUACGACCUUCUGAAGGUUGGUGACGAUAUCAUCAUUGCCGGUAUCGCAUUUCAGGUGGCGACCAUGUCCGUCUGCGGACUCCUCGCGGUCGAGUUCUUCUGGCGAGUCAAGAAGAGCGGGCCUGGCACCUUUAGCGAGAAGUCUGUCGGCCGAAGGAGUAUACAUCUCAUCAUCUUCGCGGAGGUCUUCGCUUACGUCACCGUUUUGAUUCGGUGCAUCUACCGUAUUCCCGAGAUGGCUGGUGGAUGGGGUAACCCACUGAUGCAGAAGGAGAACGAGUUUCUCGUCCUUGAUGGAAUGAUGAUUGCACUCGGAGUCUUGUCUCUCACCGUUUUCAACCCCAGCUUCUUCCUUCCUUCUCUACGAAAAGGUGUAAAGAGCCAGCCGUAA